CUUCAGUUUAUCCAACAAGUUGCAGUGCAAUAGUAAAAAGCUGUAUAUUCCGUUUGGUCUUUACUGUUUAUAUUUUUCUUUACAAGAAGUUUUAUUACAAUUUUCUAUUUAAAUCUGUUUUUAUAAUUUUGUUUGUUUGAUUUGAAAACAAUUAAAAAAAAGAUGCCUAGUUACGAGGAGUGCAUAGCUAAAAUAGCAAAUGAAGUUUCUGUUCAAAAGGAAGAUCGACAAAAGUACACCAAAGAUUAUGAGGUUAUAAUUAAUAAUAUUAUGGAAUUAAUGCAAAAAACGGAUCCUGUUUUCAAAAAGAUAUAUCGUGGACCAAGUCUAUUCGGAAGCUACUUGGACAACAUAAAACUCGUUGCUCCUGACGAAUUUGAUGUACACUUUUUACUACAAUUUCCGUUUCAUGAAAGUAUUAAAGUAGAACGGGAUUUUCAACGUCCCGGAAAUGUCAAGCUUCAACUUCCUUUAACUUCAUAUGUAUACGGUACAAAUUCGGAAUUGGUCUGGCAACAUUUUAAGAAUCUUGCCGAUAGUUCAAGAUAUUUUAUGAUCGAUAAAUUAAAGGAUUGGGUGAAAGAAAUUUUAGAAAAAGCCCAAAUUGACAAAUAUUAUGUGAAUACACCUGGAGGUGGAAAAUAUCAACUUAAAUAUAUCACAAAAGGCGUUGCACACACAGUAAUAUGUAAAAAUGUAAAUGAUGGUCGUGAAAUAUCAUUGGAUUUGGUUCCAGCUUUUAAAAUAGAUCUUUCUCACUGGUGCAAUAAUAAUUGGUUUGCUGAAAGAGAAUUUCCGUCAAUUGUUGGUCAGAAUCAGAGAUUUUAUUUUGCUGUACCAAAACCAUGUGGACGUGAUAGGGAUGCCAAUAUAUCGUUUUCUAUGUGUAUGCCGCAUUUGGAGAAAGAUUUGAUUAACGGAAAACAAAAUCUCAAGCCAACUUUGAGACUUUUAAAGAGCAUUCGUGAUAAAAUCGAUGGAGGUUAUCUCAUGAAGAGUUAUUUUAUCAAGGUUGUAUGCAUGAAUGCGAAUGAGGGUUAUGUUCGGCAUUAUGCCUUUUGGAACAAGCCAUUAGGAGAACUUCUUUUGUUGAUGCUUGACGAAGUUAUAAAUUGCUUGAAUAGAGAAUGCAUACGAAACUAUUGGAACCCAUCAAAGAACUUGCUGGAAGGUCUUCCAAGCCAAAAAGUGUCUGACUUAAAGCAAUCUUUUCAAAAGGUCAAAAAUGAUUUGAAUACAUUUUCCAGACAACGGGAUGUUAAUUAUCAUGAAAUACGACGUUUAUUUGGUGAAUCCGUUGUUUAAGAUUUCUUGUAGCCAUGAAAUACUAUUUAUUUUUUCUUCCUUUUCAAAUAUCAAUAUUUGUGUUAUAUCUCUAUUUUGAAUUUGAAUAAUAAAA